AUGAAGGCCAUCCUUCUUCUCUUUCUUGCCAUUACCAAUAUUGAGCAAUCUCCUGCACAUGAUCCAGUUGAUGAAGCUGGCAUUGCAAACCAUGACAUUGCAAUUCUCAAUGUACUUGGCAAUUUCGAGGUAAAGGACAGUGGCUGUCUAGAUAAUCCCAAUCACCACUACAAUUUAACAAGAAGCUGCAGGGAGCUCAAAGAGAAACAUCAUGUCACCCAAGAUGGUAUCCAACUCUUGGUAAGCAGCAAUGGUGAAAUCUACCAGGCCUUUUGUGACAUGACCAGCAAUGGAGGUGGUUGGACUCUUGUCGCAAGCAUCCAUGAGAACAACAUAAAUGGGAAAUGCACCAUUGGGGACCGCUGGUCCAGCCAACAAGGGAAUAAUGCUAAUGUCCCAGCAGGAGACAAGUCAUGGUCCAACUAUGUGACAUUUGGUUCACCAGAAGGAGCGACAGGUGAUGACAUGAAGAACCCAGGUUACUAUGACAUAACAGCUUCAGACAUAUCUGUUUGGCAUGUGCCCAAUGACACACCCCUAAAAAACUGGAAAGAUGCAGCAAUCCUUCGCUAUCACACUGAAACCAACUUCCUACAACUGUACGGGGGAAAUCUGUGUCAGCUUUUCAGACAAUACCCUUUAGAAUAUAACAAAGGAAUAUGUCCAGGUGAUAACGGACCUUCAAGUCCCAUCAGUUAUGACUUCGGCAAUGGGGAGAAGAUAAGAACUUUUUAUGGGCCUCUUGCCCAUGGUGAAUUUGAACCCGGCUUUGUGCAAUUCAGAGUGUUCAACAAUGAAAAGGCAGCACUAGCCAUGUGCUCUGGAGUGAAAUAUAAUGCAUGCAAUUCGGAACAUGUUUGUAUCGGAGGCGGAGGAUACUUUCCUGAGAGAUCGCCAAGUCAGUGUGGAGAUUUCACAGCAUUUGACUGGAAUGGUCAUGGCACAGGACAAUUAUGGAGUGCAUCUAAGGAGAUCUCAGAAGCAGCUGUCUUGAUAUUCUACCGUUAA